AUGCUCAACCUCCAGUACCGAAUGCACGCUGCUCUUGCGGCCUUCCCCAGCUCAGCAUUCUACGGCGGAAAACUGCUGAAUGGGGUCACGGAAGGUGCGCAUCCCUCAUCUUUACGAUUAAAGGCGCAUCCCAGCGCACCAGCCUAUUGGACAUGGCCAGCCGGACCCCAGAUGCCCUGCGUGCAUCCCGAGGUCAAGGGCGAGAACGGGUCGGCAGCAAACCCGGGAGAGGCCGAACUCGUGACGGGUCUGGUGAAGAUGCUGCUGCUGCAGCAUCGUGCGAGCGAUUUCGGCAUUAUCACCGCAUACGACGCGCAGCGCAGGCUGCUGCGCAAGAACCUCGGGCUUGAACGCGCCUUUGAUGGGGUCGAAGUACAAAACGUGGACGCCUUUCAGGCAAGGGAAAAGGACUUCAUCCUGAUUUCCGCCGUCCGCUCAAAUGCUCAGCACCAGCUGGGGUUCCUCAAUGAUGCGCGCCGACUGAACGUGGCCAUCACCCGUGCGAAGCGAGGCCUCAUUAUCUUCGGCGCCGGCCAUCUGCUGAGCACGGAUCCGGUGUGGGCCAAACUUCUGAUGUACUACGAGGUAGCUAUAUCUGGAGCCUUUGUCCCUCGGGGCGCAGAACUGGGUGAGGAGCUGCGUGAUCGUCGACGCCCAGCGACAUUCGCCCUAAGCCGCCAGCAACACGCGAAGCCAACUCCGGACCCCGGCCAACUCCACCAGCUCAUCCUCCCUUGGUUUCUACAUGGAUCCGAUGAUAAUUCUAGG